UCAUAUAUACAAAACUUCAAACUUUUACAAAGCCAUCACUUCAAGAAAACACACUCACGCACUAAAACCCCCUCUUAAUUCUGAAUAAAGAUUGCCUUUUUGCAACCCCAUAUGCCAAGAAAAUAGUUGUACAAUAUAAAGUGAAGAAAUUCACAAAGAAAAAAAAAUAGCAAAAAUGGAGGCAGCUGGAAGAAACUUGCUUUCUUCACCACCAACAACUUUUUCUCAUAAAACCCAACUCAGCAGAAGUUCCCCUUCUUCCAUUUCCUCUUCAGUUCUGAUGCUUUAUGAGCAUGUUGCUCCUGCGCUUACUUCAGUGCCACAUGCUUAUUUGGUUCGACAUGUUCCUGCAUCAGUUAUCAAUCCGGAGCAGCAGUUUGAGAAUCGGCUGCAAUUACACUCGGUAAAGGAAGAGAAAACAUCCCUGGCAACUAUAGAUAGGCGGCUUGUGGAAGCUGCAUCCUCAGCAAUGGAAGAGAAUGACGCUGUUGAUUCGGAGCAAAAUAUAAAUGCUUUGCAAGUGCAGCUACUUCGUUCGCCUGGUCUAUCAUAUUUAUUUUCCUCGUACCAUCUGAAGGAAAAAGUACCACUAACUCUGGAUACGGAAUCUCUUUCCGACAAGGGAGAGAAAUUAAUGAACUUCGAACCACACAACGUGGUUGCUCUUGCUAGAAAGGCUUUGUUGGCAUCAAGAGAGGCAGCAUUAUUAGCUGAGGACUCCAAAUUACUUGGGACUAACUUUGAUGACUCUAUUUUUCCAAAUUUGCUGUCCACAAAUUUGACUGAUGAUAAACUGAAAGAUCAAAGAAUAGCGAGGUCAACACGUCUUCUAGAGAGGCGUUCUAAGAAAAGGGGAGCUCCAACAUCAAAACAUCAAGUUCAGGAGACAAAUCGUUCAGAGAGGCCAGAUGUGCGGAGAAGAGUGAACGAAUCUAUUGAUCUUAAUGAUCCUCUUCGAAUGUUUCUAUGGGGUCCCGAAACUAGACAACUUUUAACAGUCAAAGAGGAGUCCGAAUUGAUUGUCAAGAUACAGAAUACCAUGAAAUUACAAGAAGUGAAGCAUCGGCUUCAAACUCAGUUUGAUCGUGAACCGACAUUGAUCGAGUGGGCUGAAGCUGCAGGACUUACUUCUCGAGAAUUGCAGUCACAGCUUCGUUCUGGCAAGAGCAGCCGUGACAAAUUAAUUAACGCCAAUUUGCGAAUGGUGGUUCAUAUUGCUAAGCAAUAUCAAGGGCGUGGUCUCAGCCUUCAGGAUUUAUUGCAGGAGGGAAGCGUGGGACUUAUGAAGAGUGUCGAGAAGUUCAAGCCUCAAGCUGGUUGCCGAUUUCCCACCUAUGCAUACUGGUGGAUAAGGCAAGGAGUUAGGAAGGCCAUAUUUCAACAUUCUAGGACAAUUCGUUUGCCAGAAAAUGUGUAUGCCCUACUCUCCAAGGUAAAAGACGCCAAAAAGUUAUGCAUCCAACAAGGUAAUCAUCAUCCAACCAGAGAAGACAUUGCUUCAUGUGCUGGAAUGAGUGUGGAAAGGUUGCAGAGUCUGCUUUCAGCGGCUAGAACACCUCUUUCAAUGCAACAGUCAGUGUGGACAGAUCAAGAUGCUACUUUCCAGGAAAUUACAGCUGACAAUGCAAUUGAAGCACCAGAACUGAGUGUGUCAAAGCAACUUAUGAGGCGACACGUACGUAACCUUCUAAAUGUUCUGAGUCCAAAGGAGAGGAAGAUAAUCCGACUUAGAUUUGGCAUUGGAGAUGGUGAACGAAAGUCACUCUCUGAAAUAGGUGCUGUUUUUGGACUGUCAAAGGAGCGAGUUCGACAGCUGGAGAGCCGUGCACUAUACAGGCUAAAGCAGAAUCUUAGCAGCCAUGGGCUUGAUGCCUAUAAUGAUUUGCUCUUUUAGGUCCGAGUCUCGUCAAUUCACACAAUGAGAUUCAAAGUGGAGCAGUGGCUGAUGAGGGCAGAUGUAGUUAACAAUGCACAGUACAUACAAGUAGCUCGCUUUCUUUCUCUAUUUGACUUUGCUUUACAGACAGUGGUGAUCAUGUUGAUCUUGUUCCGACCCUCUUUUGAUUUUGUAAGUAUCAAGUUGUAAAUCUUUUCUUUCUUCAUCCUGACAUUUAUCCAAAUGUAAAAUUUUUCUAAAGUUACAUAGACAGCUAUAUUAACAAUGUUCUUUUCUA